AAAAUAUAUACGAUUACUUUUUUUUUUUUUCCAAAAAAAUGAUUUACCGAUACGUUUUAAAAAAAUAUUUGCUAUCGAAAUGAAACCCGUAAAAAUACUUCCCCCGUAUGAACUGGCGGAGAAUAAAACUGAUGAGUAUAAGCUAUGCAUGAUCUCUCUUGCUUUCCUUUUUCUUUCUUUUUUAGUUUUUAUCUUCUAUCUUUAUCAAACUUUAUAAUAUUAUCUUUUAAUUAUCAACUUUUAUUAUUAUGAUACCAGAAGAAGAUCCCCAUUUUCAAAAACAUGGUAGAAGACAAUCUAUCAUUGUAGAAUCUGAUUCUCCUGAUCCUUCUUUACUUCGUGUCAUCAAUCUCAAACCAAGUGAUGAUUAUAUACAACAACCAUGGAAAAAUGGAGAAGGAACAACAGGUCAAAUUGCUAUUUAUCCUCCAGAUAAAGAUUUUACAAAGGAUCCUUUUUUCUGGAGACUUAGUAUCAAUACUAUUUAUAAUCAUCAAUGUGAAUUUUCCCGUUUCCCUGGUUAUCAAUGUUCUACAGUCAUUUUACCUUCUUCUAAUGAAGAAUAUACUCAACCUAGUGUUGUAUUGGCUCAUCAAGAAGGGGAUACUGAUACAAAUGUAAAAUCUUUAUUUCCAUAUUCUUGGGAUGGCAAUUGGACAACCACAUGUAAAAUUCGACAACCACCAGUAACAUGUCUUCAAUUGAUAUUUCAACCUCAGAUUGGAUCUGCUCGGAUCAAUGUAGAUAAACUUGGUUCAAAUAAUAUGGAUGAUGAAGAUACUGGGGAUGAUUAUGGAAAAAAACGACUUUUGGGUGCUUUCUGUUUAGUUUAUGUUGUAGAAGGUUAUGUUCAGGUCUAUUUGGAUGGUGAUCGUUAUCAUGAAAAUGCUAUUGGUGGUCCUCAUUUACCUCAAUUUUUGGAACAAGGUCAAACUGUAUUAAUUGAACGUGAUGAAGAAUCUAGUCCAACAACAAUGAUUUUACGACCUGCUGAUAAUAAUGGUAUUGUUGGUAUUCAAGGCAUAGAUGCAACUGUCAUAUGUAUUCAAAUUGCAGAAGGAAAACAUAAUAAAUGGACAAUGGAUACAAUCUCUAAAUCAUAUAAAUCACCAGAACCUCUUGAAAAUCGACUUGAAAAUACUUUCCAACAUCCAACUUAUACAGCCGAACCAGACGAAGACUUAUCGAUUGGUCCAACAACAACAACAACUGCACCAGUACCUAAAUACGAUGAUCAUAAUGAUUUGAAGCCAAGUCGACGACGCCAAAGCAUGACACGAAGACGAUCUUUAGUUCCAUAUGAAAUGGCUAGUGAUGAUUAUCCUGCACCAACGACUUUGAAGGACGACACCCAAGUUUUACCUUCUUUGGCUGAACGUCUGGCCAGUGCUUCGUUUUCGACAGUCGAUGAAGCCAUUCGACGAGAUAGUUUAGCCAUGCUUGCUCAUAUCUAUGAUCCAACUCAACUUUACAAACCUGAUUCUGUACCUGCUAUCCAUGUUCGAGUUGAUUUGCCUCAUCCUGUGGUUCGGGAACGAUUGAAGGUGGAAGAUUUUGAAGAAUAUAGUACCAAUACUGUAUGGAUUAAAAUGGUCACACAAGGAUUGAAUGAAUGGGUUCGUAUUCCUGUCAUUGUUUUACGUGGAUCUGAAAAUGGACCUGUUGUAGGAUUAACGGCAGCUGUUCAUGGAAAUGAAUUAAAUGGUGUUCCUUGCAUACAUAGAGUCAUUUCUCAAAUUGAUGUCAAGAAAUUGAAAGGAACUUUGGUAGCUAUUCCAUGCGUCAAUGUGGUUGGUUAUUUGAAAUUUCAACGUGAAUUUGCCGAUGGACGUGAUCUAAAUCGACAAUUCCCUGGUAAAGAAGAUGGAUUUGCCUCUCAAGUCUAUUGUUUUCAUCUGAUGCACAAAUUAUUAUCACAAUUCAACUAUCUGAUUGAUCUUCACACUGCAAGUUUCGGUCGUGUCAAUUCAUUUUAUGUUCGGGCUGAUAUGAAUGAUCCAGUAGCGGCUCAUAUGGCAAAAUUACAGAAAUCACAAAUCAUACUCCAUAACUCUGGACAAGAUGGUACCAUGCGUUCUGCAGCUGCAGCAAAGAAUAUCAAAGCCAUCACUGUUGAAAUUGGAAAUCCUCAACUCUUUCAAGAUCAAUAUGUUCAGUGGGCUUAUUGGGGUGUGAUGAGGGUAUUGGAUCAUUUCAAUAUGUAUUCUUUAGAACAUAUUCAAUUUGCAGAACAAGCUGAUGAUGGGCCUUUCAACACCAUUUUAUGUUCCAGUGGAUUCUGGAUUUAUACUCGUACAGGUGGUGUUUUGGAAGUAUACCCAGGUGUCAAUACAAUCAUUAGUAAAGGUGCUCUUAUUGCUAGGAUCAAAGAUAUGUUUGGUAGUUUGGUUGAGGAAUAUUUCGCUCCUUGUACAUCUGUAGUGAUUGGAAGAAGUUCGAAUCCUGUAGCUAUCACCGGUGAUAGGAUCAUCCAUCUGGGUGUCAUCAAGAAAAAAGGUGAAACUUUGGCAAAAGUGGCAAAAGAAAAUUACUGAUUUAUCUAAUUUGUACAUAAUCUAAUAAUAAAGUAUUUACC